AUGAUUGAAAUAACAGACACACAAAAAAUCGGGGUCGGCCUGGCUGGGUUCGGCAUGACAUUCCUUUUCCUCGGUGUAUUGCUGCUUUUCGAUAAAGGUCUGCUAGCGAUUGGUAAUAUUCUCUUCAUCAGCGGCCUGGCUUGUGUGAUUGGUCUACAGAGGACAUUCUUCUUCUUCUUCCAACGGCACAAAGUGAAGGCAUCGGUUGCAUUCUUCGGUGGCAUCAGUAUUGUGUUACUUGGUUGGCCGAUGAUAGGCAUGAUAGCUGAAAUGUAUGGAUUCCUAUUGCUGUUUAGAGGCUUCUUGCCAGCCGCUGUCAACUUCCUCAGAAUGGUGCCCGUUCUUGGCUCAUUAUUGAGUCUACCAAUAAUAAGAGGGAUAGUUGAUCGAAUAGCUGGUGACAAUGGCCGCAACAUGGUAUGA